AUGCGACGCCUCGAGGAGGCUGAACUCUGCUUCCCACAGCUCCUCAACUCCUCCUGCAGGAAGAUCGCGCUUCCUCAUUCAACCUCAACGCUCAUGUACUGCUUACUAUCCUGUGUGUCUUCGCUCACUGUGACCCUUAACCUGCUGGUCAUCAUCUCUAUCUCCCACUUCAAGCAGCUCCACACGCCCACCAACAUCCUCCUCCUCUCCUUGGCUGUCUCAGAUUUCUUGGUGGGUUUCCUCAUUGUCUUUCAGAUCCUUCUCAUUGACGGCUGCUGGUAUCUUGGCGACUUCAUGUGUGUUCUGUAUUACGUCGUUGAUUAUGUUAUCACGUCUGCAUCAGUAGAGAACAUGGUGCUCAUAUCAGUGGACUGCUAUGUAGCUGUUUGUAACCCUUUCCAGUAUCCCACCACAGUCACACAGAAAAGAGUGUGUGUGUGCGUUUCGUUGUGCUGGAUGUUUUCUGCCGUCUGUGUCUUUAUAGUUUUCAAAGAAAAUCUGGGACAGCCAGGCAGGUUUAAUUCAUGCGUUGGGGAGUGCGUGGUUGGAUUUGAUGAAGCUGCUGGAAUAAUAGACGUCUUGUUUUUCUUCAUCGGCCCCGUCACCAUCAUCAUCAUCCUGUACGUGAGAGUGUUUGUGGUGGCCGUGUCUCAGGCUCGGGCCAUGCGCGCUCGUGUUGCAGCCGUCUCCCUCCAGGGUUCAGUCAGAGGUAACGUUAAGAGGUCUGAACUCAAAUCAGCCAGGACGCUUGGGGUUGUUGCAGCUGCUUUUCUGAUAUGCAUAUGUCCAUACUUUUUCCUCUCAGUUACCGGUGGGGAGACCCAGUUUAGCGCUUCAUCCUUUGCUUUUUUUCUGUUUUAUCUUAACUCCUGUUUAAACCCAUUGAUCUAUGUCUUAUUCUUUCCCUGGUUUAGGAAAACUAUUAAACUAAUUUUCACCCUGCAGAUACUGAAGGCCGGAUCCUCUCAGGCCAACAUCAUGUAGAGAGUGAGGUUACAGACUUACCACCUGGACAUGUUCUGAUCUGUUGAUGCAUUUCCCCGCUGGUCAUUGUCAUCUCCAUUCCCUCGUUUCGAUAUUCCAAAUUCAAUGUAUAAUUAAUUUAUGAAUCAUUCAACUCCAACUAGCCACAAUUUGACCAUACAUUUUCAACAUAAUUUCUUAAGCGAGUCCUCAAACUUGAAUUUCUUUUUUUAUCUGUAUAUUUUAACCAUCACAGUCAUUGCA